AUGGCGUCCAUUCUCCCCAUUUUCUUUAUGCUCGCAGUCGUUGCUGGUCUUGUAGUUUGUGCUGGUAUCUUUACACCCAAAGGACCUCAUCAAGUUCUCAUUCGAACCUCUCUUAUGCUUGGAUUGACGGCUUGUUAUCUAAUGUGGAUGGUCACCUAUCUCGCUCAACUGCAUCCUCUUCUUAUCUCAAGCAAGAAAUCUAAGGACGAAUUUCUCCCAAUUCAAGCCCCACCUUCCUAUGCACCGACUCCUACGUUUUGUUCGUCGAAACAGCAUUCGUCCCAUACACUACACAAACCUCCACCACGUCAGCCUUCACCCCCAGACUGGCCUUCUCACAUGCACUACAAAUGCUCACGCUCUAAAUGCAACUAUCCGAACCCACCACCGUGCGCGCCUGGGACUUACACUUGUACCAGUUGCCGCAAGGGAACGUACUUUGUGACCCCUGCAAUGGCGGAGAGUGCCGUAGUUUUGAAGCAGAAAGUGUACAAGUUUGAAGCCGAAAACAGGAGAAGGAUGAAAAUGAAGGAGGAAGAAUCGGAGAAGCUGAGAGAGAUGAGAGAUCUGAAACGAUAUGAGGCUGAAAUAGAAAGAGAUCAGAUCUGGCGAGACCAGGAAUGUAGAAGAGAAGCGGAAACGAGGCUCAAAGAGGAGAAGAAAUCCCUGAUUAUCAGGAGCCAGGAACAAGCCAGGAAGAGAAGGGAGGAAGAGGAAAGGAGGAAUACGGAGAGGGAGAUGCAUGAAUUCAAAAUGCAGAAGGGGCAGUUGUCAUUAUCGGAUUUCCCCAUGCCACCACAACAACCUCUUCAUCACCAAAGCCACAAAUCAUCGUCUUCUUCACCCGCGAAGCCCGAAAUGCAGAGACGCCGAUACAAUUCUGGAGAUCGUUUGAGAUCAACGUCAAGCAAAACUUCGUUCCGAAAGGCACCUCCGCGACAGGCGAUCCCUGAGGUAUGCCAACCCUACCAUGAUGGAUUCGCACACGCCUUUUAG